GCCUCCUUCCACAGCAGCGCCGCGGCCCGAGCCAAGGAGGACUAUUACCAGGUGCUGGGGGUGCCCCGCACCGCCACGCAGAAGGAGAUCAAGAAGGCUUACUACCAGCUGGCAAAGAAAUACCACCCUGAUACAAAUAAGGAUGACCCUAAAGCCAAAGAGAAGUUCUCUCAGCUGGCAGAAGCCUACGAGGUGUUAAGUGACGAAGUGAAGCGGAAGCAAUACGAUGCGUACGGCACGGCUAGCUUUGAUCCGGGCACAGCAGGCGCCGGCGCGGGGCGGCAGUACUGGAGCAGCGGGCCCUCGAUUGAUCCCGAAGAGCUUUUCCGAAAAAUCUUCGGAGAGUUUUCGGGAUCCGCUUUCGGCGAUUUUCAGAAUGUCUUUGACCAGCCACAGGAGUAUAUCAUGGAACUGACGUUCACCCAAGCCGCAAAAGGCGUUAACAAGGAGAUUGUGGUGAACAUCAAUGACUCCUGUGAGCGAUGCAACGGCAAAGGACACGAACCUGGUACCAAAGCGCAGCGCUGUCACUACUGCAGUGGCACUGGCAUGGAGACGAUAAACACCGGCCCUUUUGUAAUGCGGUCUACGUGCCGGCGAUGUGGUGGCCGUGGUUCCAUCAUAACAACGCCGUGCGUGGUGUGUCGAGGAACGGGGCAAACCAAACAGAAGAAGACGGUGGUGGUUCCCGUGCCAGCUGGCGUUGAGGAUGGGCAGACAGUUCGGAUGCCUGUGGGGAAGAAAGAAAUUUUCAUUACGUUCAGGGUUCAAAAAAGUUCCGCGUUCAGAAGAAAUGGAGCAGAUAUCCAUUCAGACCUCCUUAUUUCAAUAGCACAGGCUGUCCUGGGAGGCACAGCCAGAUGUCAAGGCUUGUACGAGACAAUCAAUAUCACAAUACCCCCUGGUAUUCAGCCAGACCAGAGAAUUCGAAUGAGUGGGAAAGGCAUUCCCAAGGUUAACAGUUACGGCUACGGAGACCACUACAUUCACAUAAAGAUAAAAGUUCCUCAGAGGCUGACGGAUCGCCAGAGAGCCUUAAUGAUGAGCUAUGCCGAGGACGAGGCGGACAUGGACGGCACGGUGAACGGAGUCACAAACACCGCGUCAGGGAAGCGUUCUACUGGGAGCUAAGGGCCAGCAGCAGCAGAUCGUCUUCGCAGUCAGGAGCGAAUCAUUCUGGCAGUGGGCUCUGGAGAGCGAAGGAUGUCAGUCAGCAGCACAGUGAGAAUCCCAGCUGGAGAGGCUACAGACCACUGAGGCACCAACAAUCAUCAUGAUACAAAACCCACCCACCGUCCUAGGAAAUGGUAAUGAAGGAAAACGCCAGCUUUGCAGAAAUGCAGCUCUUGCGGCUGCUCCACCCUCCCUACUGCUGCUGGAAGCUUAUUGGGUA